UUUCGCCAAAGUAGUUUCAAGACAUAUUUUUUGCCAGUAAAACUAUACAUUGAAUAGUGGUUGGAUAUUUUUUUUGUUGAUUUUCCUUUUUAUUUCAACUAAAUAUUAAAUAAACGUCAACUUAAAACGUCAUUGUAAAAAAAAUUUGCAACAAUGUCACCAGAACCAGUUCAUCCUGAAGGAAUUGAACAAAAUACUGAAGCUUCUUUGAUCUUAAGGUUCGAUGAUUUAAUUGAAGACAAUGCGAUGAGUGAAAAUGAUAACAUGGAAUCUAUGAUGAUGGGAUAUGUACCACUUUCGGAAUCAAUAGCAGACAAUGAUAAUAGUGAUGACAGUAAUAACGAUGACGAUGAUGAUAUGAACAGCAACAGUGACAAAGAGAUAGAUGAAAUGAGCGGUCAUAUAAAUUCAACCAGAUUGUUUUCUCAUCUUCAUCCAAAUUUAGAAACAUCUCAAAUUCGAACACCAAUGUCUAAUAGAUCAUCAAUUGAUUUAGACACAAAUAAAAUAAAUCAAGUCAUGUUAAUUAUGUCAAAAUUUUCUCUACCAACAACAGCAAUUCCGACAUGGGCUACUGUGGUUUCAGAAGAUGAAUGGAAAAAUCGACUUAUUAAUAGGAUUAAAGAAAUCAAAACUAAACAAGAGGAUUAAAUUUUAAUUAUGUAAUAUUAGGAAAUAAUAAAUCAUUGAUAUUUUUGAAAA